GUGAGUGGGUCGACGACCACAGGGUCGAGCGGCUACUCACGCUCGACGGACUCGCGCUCCGAGUCGCGUGGACGCUCGCUCUCGCGCAGUGCGUCGCUAUCUGACCGCGAGCGUUCAGGGAGCCGGGGAACGAGCUCGCCGAUGGGUUCCUGUCGCCGACCGGAUCGGCGCUAGCGCUCGGCGGAGCUGUGGCAUAUGCGAAGGGCCGGGAUAGGGGACGGAGGAUGGACGGCGAUGAGAGUGAUCGGGGGAGGGACAGGACUGGGAGGGCACUUGCAGCGAGCGUGAGCCCGCCGGGUGUGGUGGACUCGCCGACGAGGGUCGCGAGGGAAGGAAGUGAUUCGUCGACAGCGUCCGUGGACGUACCGCAGGCGAGGGACGAAACAUCAUCCCCGCCGUCGUCUGUGUCGGGUUCCUCAACAGCGAGCGUGUCAACAGCCCGUCCGGCGCAGACGCAGGAUGACCCUGCCUCGCCGCGCCCUCGAAUAGCUGUACACACAGGACCGAGUGUCCCGCUCCCCAUCCCUUCGCCAAUACCGGAGGAAGAGGAGCAGUGGAGAUCAAGUCAUCCGACACCUGCCAACUCGCCCGUCACCACACUCAAGGCCAGCAUCACGUCUCCGAACACGCCGCUCGUGAAGUCGGAGCAGCAGCCUACGACCGUGACGUCGACCUCUCAUGCGGAAGGCGAGAUGUCGCCGAGCAGUCCCAUUGCUAUUCCUCGGAAGGACCGGACACCAAGAUCGUCUCUGGAUGGCCAGGAUGGCACUUUCGCUGGGCGCGCCGCUGACAUGGUGUCUUCCGCGCGAGGUCUUCUUGGAUCAAUAUGGAACACCGGCACGACAUGAGCAGGUGCACUUCUUGCUUCUCUCCGGCACUACCUUCGCGCUUCUAUCUCUUGUUGUCUCUGCUGCUUGCACACCGCAUUGUACCACCACCACUAUCACCACCACACCCCGACA